CUAAAGAAAAGAAGAGAUCAUUUGUAUAGGUUAUGUAAGUUUUCAUUAAACAGUUUUUGUUUGAAGAGUUGGAUUUUUCUGAUUAAUAAAGUGACGCGAGCUACGUUAAUUUGUUUUGAAUAUGGAGUCAGCUAAGCAAAGCAAGCAAUUUAAAAUUAUAUGCACUGAUUAUCCUUUAGAGUUCGAUUCUGACAAGUUGUUAUGCAAAUCUUAUUUUAAACAAUUCGGAAAAAUACGGAAAAUUGUUGUAAAACAUAAGCAGAGAGCACUGUUAGUCGAAUAUGCAAACGAAAAUGGUUGUCAAAAUGCUCUCCAAAAUGCAGGAGAAUUUAAAGGACACUUUUUCAAUGUUUCAAGAAGCGAAUCUGUUCCAACGAGAAAAAAAGUUGUUAAGAAACACAGCUUGUCAUAUAUUGAUUCCGAUGAAAUUCAAGCAGAAUUGGCUGCUAUGGGAGGAACAUCUAAUCAAAUGGUUGCAGAAGUAACUUUUCAUAGUCCUAAAUCAAAAGUUAGGACUCCCAAACUAAACCGAGUUUGGCAGAAAGAAUCGGUAAGAAAAAGCCAAGCAGCUGGUCUCAGGAAGAAAGUUGGUACGCGGGCUAUUAAGAAAAAACAGAAAGAAAAAAUUGAGGAUUACUCUGUUGAACAAGUCCAAUUGAUCAAAAUCGUUAAAUCAGCAGCCCACACAAAUGAAGAAAAAUUCCGAGUACUUGAUGCAAGGGAUAAGCUGCUCAGGAUUGAGAUGAAAAAGAACACCCAGAGAAAGGUAGGGCCAACAAUUGGGACUUGUCCUGACAUGUGCCCAGAAAAAGAACGAUUGAUGAGAGAAAUUCAACAUCAAAUAGCUUUAUAUGAACAAGAUGAUAAUGAUAAAAGAGUGAUGAACGCAAGCAAGGCUGUCAAACAAUAUAGUCGGAGCUCUGCAGAUCAAGAAGCACCAUUGCCUCAUGAACUUAGACCUGUUACUGUGUUACAAAUGACUAUGGCAUAUUUGAUGCACAAUAUUAUGGACUUAUGUGAGAAUGAGGCUGAUGUAAACAUAGCCGAAUGGUUCCAUUUUUUGUGGGAUAGAACACGUAGUAUAAGAAAGGACAUAACACAGCAAGCUCUCUGUUGUCUGGGAUCUGUAGAGUUGGUAGAACAAUGUGCAAGGUUUCAUAUACACUGUUCGGCCAGAUUAAUGGGGGAAGAUCCAUCAGUGUUCGAUCAAAAAAUUAACACAGAAAAUUUAACCAAAUGCCUUCAAACAUUAAAGUAUAUGUACAAUGAUUUACACCUAAAAGGAGUUUACUGUGUGAACGAAGCUGAAUUUAGGGCCUAUAUAAUACUACUGAACUUAAAUGACGGCAACUUUAUGUGGGAAGUUCAAGGGCUUAGACAAGAUAUACAAAAGUCUCCUGCCGUUAAAUUUGCUUUAAAUGUGUAUUCAGCCUUUGAGAAAAAGAAUUAUGUAAAAUUUUUCAAGCUUGUUAGGUCCACUGAUUAUUUCAAUAGUUGCCUUUUAAUGAGAUAUUUUGUACAAGUUCGAAUAAUGGCCCUAAGAACUUUAAUUAAAUGCUUUGCUCCACCAAAGUCUACAUCCCUUUAUCCUAUUACGGAAUUAACAGAACUUCUGCAUUUUGAUGACCCUGACGAUACAAUUGACUUCAUGAGAACCUACGGAUUGGAAAUAAAUCUGGAAAAAAGUCAUUUCUUAAUUGAGAGACACUCAUUUAGAAUGCCAGAAUACUCAUAUAUGCUAGAAAGGUCUUCAUUGGUAGAAGACAAAAGACAGAAAAGUGUGGGCAGUGUUGUGUGUGGUCAAGAUUUAUCUCCAGAGAUGUACUUGGCCCUCUCGACUCAUAAAACUCGCAAUAGUUUUGAUGAUAAUGGAUACCUCAUUCAUGAUGAGUUAUUCUCAAAGAUAGAAUCAACAUUAGAAGAAUCUGCUUCUUCUGAAAUGGAAGAAUCUUCACCAGAAUCUAAAAGUCCUGACAAUAUAUUUGAAUCAAAAAUGGGAGAAGCAUUAGUUCCUUCAAAAUCCAGACAAGAAAAUCUAUUCAUUAGACCCAAACAAAUUUUCGCGCCUCCUGUACCAAGCGAGAUUGUCAAAAAUGAACCAAUCAACAUAUUUGCACAGAAGCACCAAGAUAAACUUCCAGUGUCUGGGAGUAUUUUCGGAUCUAGUACUCUAGCAAAACCUGCGUUAGAUCAACAUGAUGGCAUUUUUACCAAAAACAUUUUCAGUGAGCCUGCAAAAAAUAAUAUUGAACCAACGAAAUUUAAUAUUUUUACACAAAAAGACACUCCUACUGAAAAGUCAAAAAGUGGGGGGUUUAAUUUUACUUUAGUGAAGAAAACUCCUACAAAUGACGGAAAAAGUUUAUUUCCAUUUAGUUUUACCCCUCCUGUCGGAUUAGUUGAAAAGCGUAAAAGGAAAAUAGAGGAAAUGGAAAGGACUCAGAAUGAGGAAGAUAUAAAGGUUUUGGAACUGCAGAGGCAGAGGCUGAAGGAGGAAAUACUGAAAGAAACUGAAAAGGAAGAAGAGGAACGCAAGAGGCAAGAAGAGAAGCGCAAAAAGAUCGAGGAGGCCGCUGAGAAAAUAAAAUUGGAAAUGGAACUGAAAAAGAAACAAGAAAUGAAAGAGAUUGAGGAACAAAACAGAAAAAAGCGUGAGGAGGAACAAAAACUAAAGGAACUACAAAAAAAAUUAGAGGAAGAAUUAGUACGUAAGAAACAGCAGAUUCAGUUACAAGAACGCCAAAAAAACUUAGAAAUCCAAAACACUGUAAAUUUGUUGGUUAAAGAGAUGUUGAAAAAGGUUGAUGAACAAAUGCGCGAGGAAAAAUUGUCCAAAAUAAAGCGCAGCAUACAUAACCGGUUUUUAUUAACUCUAUGUCACAGAUGGAGAAACGCUGCUAUUAGAAAAAUUAAGAAGCGGAAAGCGUUAGAUUGUGGCCCAGUUUGGUUAAACUCGCGAGAUGCUACAGAAUGUGCGCGGGAAUUACAUAUGGAGUCCCAGGAGUUGACUUUAAGUUUAGCAAAGCGAUAUAAACAGGGACGACCUGUGGAUAUUCAUAUAGCGCAAGAACCUAUAGUUGGUACACUAAAUUUAUUUAAUUUAACUUAUGCUGCGUUGAGGAGAAGGCUUUUUGAGCUUAAAGAGAAGUGGCAUCAGCACAUUUACUGGAAAGUAACAGUGUCUCUACCUGGACAAGAAGAGCUUGAUGCUCAAUUGCAUAAAUUAGAAACCAUGUUGCAAAACCAUAUUAACUGGAAGGAAAAUAAUAAGACCUUAUAUAUUGAGGAUCAUAAAACCGUAACAUAUUGUGUGGAAAAACAACAGGGACAUUUAGUAAAGUAUUGGGAUGCAAAUGGAUUUAUUUUUAUAGCGAAAAAAUUGGACUCUUCAGCAAAAAAACGGAUAUACGAAAACUUGAGGAAUUUCGGUGUCUACUCUAAACUGCCUCUGGUGGUUAUUUUGCAGGAUGCCACAGAAUCUGACGAUUAUUUGAGAAAUCUAAAGGAGACGGGGAUCAUUUCCGAUUACAUCACUUACAGUUGUAAUUUAUGUUCCGAAGUAAUACCAGACAUAAUAGACAAUGGUCUGGUGUUUUUGUCAAAGAGAGUCGAAAAGUAUCCUCCAUUGGAACUGGAAACUUUGGCUUCGUUUUUAACAAAACAUUUGUACAUAGAACCUUGGAAGAAAGCCGCUUCAUUCGCUAAAUGGAAUCAUGCUUACAAAAUAUGUCUGAGAGAUCCCAAUGUUGUCAUAGGCUUAUACAACCAGGGAUUGGGUUUAUUGCAGGAGAUAAUAAUGGACAAGCAUUGUAAGGAGUUUGCCCAAUUUCCUGAAAUUUUCGGAGAGUAUCUUCCAAGUCCAGUACCUGACUUUUUUCCUUGUGAUUAUAGGUACUUCCCACCGUUUUGGUCAAAACCAUUUUACUUGUACAAAUUAGAAAAAAUGUUGAGAAAAUUAGUGUUGCCGAAAUUUUUAGAAAAAUGGCCGCCAGCCGAUGAAUCAGAUUUGCUGGUGAGCAUUUCUAAAUACUGCACUGAAGUAUUUGAAAAUGCAAAGGAUUCGUUUAUCGCCGUAUUCAGUGUUUUAAAGGAAAGCAGAGAAAACGAAGACUAUGCAUCAAUUUCGUGGAUUCAGGCAAUUGAGGUGUUGUCCAAACAAAAAUUAAAAGAAGUUAAUCUAACGCUGGACGAUAACGAAUUUCAAAAUUCAGUCUUUAAAACAUUUGUUGUUGUGUACAUUACUCAGAAGCUAAACGAGUUCAGUAAUAGCGACUGGUUUUACAGAAAUAACCCAAUAAUUGAAGAAUACAAGAGUGUUAAUGAGAUUUCAGAUAACCGCACGAAAAAAAGGGUGCUGGAUUUAGGCUUGGAUGAAGAUGUUUUUGAAGUUAUAGAGAAGGCAGAGAAAAUAUUGAGAAAAUCUUCGACACAAACACAUGUCUGUGAACGAAAGAAACAAAUCGAGAUUCUGAAUGAGAGCAUUGAAGACUUGGAAGAUUCAAUCAGGGUUGCGAAGAAAAUUAAUAAAAUUACUCAAAACUUUUUUUAAACUCAAAUGUGAAUAGAUUUUUUUUUGUAUUUUUUGGGUUUUCAUCAAAUUAUAUUUUAAAAAAUUUAAUAAAAAGUAUAUUUAUUCCAUGUAACGUCGGAAUCCAUUUUUGUGUGAUUUUACUAUUAUAUAUAUUUGCAUACGUUUCGCUAAAAUCACAUCCAUACAAGACAAUAGGCCUACUAAUC